CCCCCACAACCCGCCAUGCCCGCCAUGCCCGCCCCUACGCCCCGCGAGAUGCGCUCCACGACCGCCGAGUCGGCCUCGGCGUCGAGCGCGACCAUCACGGCGGCGGACACGCCCCGGCGUCGUCCUCAGCCGUUGCAAGUUAAGGGCACACUUGGCGCGCUAGAAUCGCCGCGCCGAGAGCUCUACUCGCCAGCGCCGCCGGCCUCGGUCCGCGCCUCGGUGCCCCCCUCCCCCGGCUCCACCGUCCUCUCCGCCACGCCCUCCGAACCCUCCGAACCCGCGCCCCCCGUGCUCGUGUUCCGCGCCGACCCGCGCCUUGGGACGUGUUUCGAGGCGCUGCCCGAAGGCGGGGACGAGGUGCGCGCCCUGUUUGGCGUCUAG